AUGGUUAGCAAUCAAUCAACAGAAAACGAUAAACAAAAAUCGAGUAAAUCAAAUGAGAAAACUAAAAAAGUAGAAAAAUUAGACGGAAAACCUAAAACUGAUACAUUUCAUAAUAAAAAUGGGUUAGCUAUAAAAACAUAUGCAUGGGAAGUAAAAAACCCAAUAGCAAUUUUAUUUAUAAUUCAUGGUUUAAGUGGAAAUGCACGUUUAGAAUAUUUAAAACAUAAUGUCAUAUUGGAAGGAUAUGAAAAAGCAAUAGUAAAAGAUCCAGAUAACUUUUAUAUAUAUAAAGGUAGUUGGGUUGACGAAUUUAACAAAAAAGGAAUUAGCGUAUAUGGUUUAGAUUUACAGGGUCAUGGUUUAUCAGAUGGAUGGGAAAAUUUAAAAAAACAUAUCAAUGAAUUUGAUGAUAUGGUAUAUGAUGUUUUACAAUUUAUUAAUAGAGUCCAUGAUACAUUGUGUUUAGAAAAACAUAAAAAUGAUAUUAAUAAUGGUGAUAAUACUAGCUCUUUACAUAAUAAUAUUAUUAACACAAAAUUAGCUCCAUUUUAUAUCAUGGGUCAAUCAAUGGGUGGAAAUAUAGUUAUGCGUCUUUUAGAAACUUUAGGAAAAUCUAAAGAUAUAGCAACUAAUAAUAAUAAAAUAAAUAUAAAGGGUGCUAUAUCAUUAGCUGGUAUGAUAUCAAUUGAAGAAGUAAUAAAUAAACCAUCAUAUAAAUAUUUUUAUUUACCAUUUUCAAAAGUAUUAUCAACAGUUUUUCCUAGUUUAAGAGUUAUCCCACAAUUAUAUUUUAAAAAAUUUCCAUUUGUAAAUGAUAUAUAUUGCUUAGAUAAAAAUGUAUGUAAAAAACCGAUUACUUGUAAGCUUGGUUAUGAAUUAUUUAAGGCUGUUGAAAAUUUAAAUAAUGAUAUUAAUUAUUUUCCAAAAGAUGUUUCAUUAUUAUUUAUUCACUCAAAAAUUGAUAGUGCUUGUUUUUUUAAUGGGGUUCAGACAUUUUUUAAUAAAAUCGAGUCAGAUAAAAAAGAAUUAUUUGUUUUAGAAGAUAUGGAUCAUGUUUUAACUAUGGAACCAGGAAAUGAGCUAAUUUUAAAAAAAGUUACAGAAUGGAUAUUAAAUUUGUCAUCCAACUAG